AAUUCAUUGCUAACGUUAACGAAGAAAACUGCAUUGCCGUAUGGCGAUUAUGUGCUCGAUAUAUGCCUGAUGAAGCAAAAAAGACACUUUUUUACUGAUUUCCAGGUAUUUGAAUAUGUGCUAUAUACGGUAAACGAAACAGUGGUUAGCGGGCGUAAUUUGGAUUUUUUUCGCCUCAAGCAUGAACAUUUGUAUGAAAUUCUGGAUGCUGACCUGCUCAAUGUUGACAAUGAGCUAGAAGUUUGGUUGCUUCUCAGAAGAUGGAUCCUGGCAGAUCGCAAAAAUCGCCUUAGACUCUUCCGCAAACUGAUCAAAUCUGUGCGGUACUACCAGCUUAAUGAUAAACAGAAAGAGAAGAUGAACAAAGAUUUACUGCAAAUGAAAAUAGACAUCACGAAUGAAAACAACAGACAGUGGUCCAGCAAUAUAACACCACGGAUCCCGCGAGAAUUACUGGUAGCAAUCGGUGGAUGGGAAAAAACCGGUCCAUCGAAUACAGUUGAAGUACUGGAUAUCAAAAAUAACAUAUGGCGGCGAGUAGAAGCAUUUCAGGAUGAGCGCAAAGUGGCCUACCAUGAAUGUCUUGUCAUCGAUAAGGUCUGUUGUAGAAGUUAUUUAUGA